CAGCAGCCGCUUCCCGCUGCCAGAGGCGGCGAGUCCCGGCGGGCGGUGGGAGCCGUUGCAGGGCCGUUUCCAUUUCCAGCAGCUGCGCCGGCGGCGAGCGAGGACCCGUCUGGUCUCUGUCCGGAGCCCUGCCUCCAGCAGGCCUGGAGGGGUCUGUCGCGGCCGCCGAGCGCCUUGCCCAGCUCGCCCGGGCCGGCUGCCCGACUGGAGGCGGGGGUGGUUAGCAUGUGCGCGGCGCUCGGAGACCUGCCGGGUGGGGUCAGAUCUCAGAGCCGCUCCGCCUCGUGCAGGCUUGGACGUGUUUCCAAGCGGUGCGUUAAAGCCACUGGCCGGGGCUGGCGGAUUGUGUCUAAAUGCAGUUCGGUGAGCCUUGAAAAUCUCUCACAUUUUAAAAGCUCUUUGAACUUUCACACAUCUGAACAGGAAAGUGUCCGGCAGGAUGGCUGCGGCUGGCCCUCCCACCUCCGGGCCCGCCGAGGUCUGCCCUUCAGCCGUGUGAGCCUGCAGCCCGGGGGAGAAACACGCUGCUUAAGUGUACAAACGAAUUAUUUGAAAAGAGUUAGGGGAGGCAGCUUCAGGUUGCUUUUGUGUUCCCUGCCGUUCACAUGGUAACUAAAGUUUACAGCAUUCAGUCUGAAUCUUUUGCCCCUUUAGGUUUAAAGCCUUCACUUUUGAAGAAAUCCCUGCUUCAGUUUCACCCUGUUUCAGGUACCCAGUUUAAUUGCACGCAACAUAAUUUUGGAUUCUUGGAAAGUUCAGAGUGAGUAGUCAGUCAAGUCAAGAUUUGGGCAUCAUGCAUCGGACUGUGAAAUCUUUUCUCCAGACUCUGAAGUUCAGUGUUGGUUACUGCAGAUACUACUUUAACCAUAACUGUGAUCUGAGAAUAGCUCUUUGCAGUCAAAUAAAACCGCAAGAAUUUCAGUUUACAAAGUGUUUGGGAAAUUCAUGGAACAACACAGACUCACCAGGGCACAUUGUGCCACGGAGAUUCUUUUCUUGCAAGGAUCUUCUGAAAUCAGAGCAGGAGAACUGGAAAGUAACUUCAGCAAGAUAUAUGGAUACAGCAGAAAGACUCAAGAAGAAAUUAGAAGUAAUGUACAACAAGUAUACAUUCAGCAUGAGCAGCCCAGUGAUUAGGUUUGGGGAUUGUGUUUACUUUGAAGAAAAUGGCUGCAUAUUUCGUUCAAAAUCAGAUGCUGAUGAAGGAGGUGUUGAGGUUUUACUCAAUACUGAAGAUUUUGGUUUUCAUGAUGCGAUUAUUCAGCGCAUCAGAAUUUCCCCAGAUCAGAGGUAUAUGGCUACCAGCAUAAAAAGCUCAAAUUCUGAAGAGUCAAGCUGUAUUGUUACGAAAUUUGAGAAGUUACCUAUGGUGGAAUAUAUUAUCCCAAAUGUGUUUAGUUUUGAAUGGGCUACAAAUGAUGUUCUGUUCUACACCAGUCAAAAGAACCUUGUAUGCCAUAAGGUGCUUCUGGCCACUUUCACUAACAGAAAACAUGCUCAGCUAGUUUAUGUGGAACAAGAUCCAAGAUUUUUUGUGGAUAUAUAUUGCACAAAAGACAAGCGUUUUCUCACCAUCAACAGUAACAGCAAGACUAGCUCCGAAGUUUGGUUGGUUGACUGUAGCAAUCCUUUUAAUUCACCUAUUCUCGUACAACAGAGAACUAAAGGGGUCAUUUAUCAUGUUGAGCACAGAAAUGAUGAAUUAUACAUUCUUACUACUUAUGGAGAGCCUGCGGAAUACAAGUUGAUGAAGACUCCAGUUGGUUCCUGUGGUAUGGAGAACUGGCAAUUGGUUUACACGUUGAAAGAAAAGACUAAGCUAAUAGACUUAGAGAUGUUCAGAGAUCACUGUGUGAUGUUUUUGAAACACUACGGUCAUCUUUAUUUAAAUGUGAUUUCUCUUGUUUCUCAUUCAGUUCAGUCUAUUAAGUUACCUGCAUGGGCCUGUGCAUUUGAGUCAGAACCCCAUCCUGAGUACAAUGCCAGCACUUGCUAUUUUCAGCUCUCCUCCCCAGUACAACCCCCUAAACGUUUUGCAUAUAAAUUAGUGGAAAAUCAUCUCGUUGAGCAGGAGGCACCAAUUACAAUUAAUUGCCAUACUGUACGGCUAGAAGCUAAGAGCCAGGAUGAAAUUUUGGUGCCAAUUACAGUUUUUUAUAAUACAAAUUCUAAAGAGCUACACAGGAAACCACUUCUGGUUCAUGUAUAUGGAGCUUACGGCAUAGAUUUGAACAUGAGCUUUAAAGCUGAGAAGCUGAUGCUAAUUGAAGAUGGUUGGAUAUUAGCAUAUUGCCAUGUUAGGGGUGGCGGAGAGUUAGGCCUGAGUUGGCAUAAAGAUGGAUGUAUGCAUAAUAAACUCAAAGGUCUCCACGACCUCAAGGCUUGUAUAAUGCUCUUGCAUGAACUAGGAUUUUCUCAGCCAAAGUAUACAGCGCUAACAGGUAGCAGUGCAGGAGGAGUUCUUGCAGGAGCUCUGUGCAAUGCUGAUCCUGACCUCAUCAGAGCUGUAGUUUUACAGGCCCCUUUCCUAGAUGUUCUAAAUACAAUGUUGGACACUGAUCUCCCACUGACAAUUGAAGAACAGGAAGAAUGGGGAAAUCCAUUAGCAGAUGAAAAGUACAUGGAAUAUAUUAAAAGUUACUGCCCUUAUCAUAAUAUUAAGCCACAGGCUUAUCCUUCAGUUUUAAUCACAGCAUAUGAAAAUGAUCAACGAAUACCACUGAUAGGAUUAUUAAGAUACGUUCAUAAACUUAGAAAAGCAGAAAGGGAUCAUGCUAGAAGCAUGAAUAAGAAAGGAAACCUGAUACCUAAUAUCAUCUUAAAUGUUCAGGCAGGAGGCAGUCAUUGUGCUCCAUUGUGGGAGGACUCAUUAAAUGAGGUUACAAGCCACCUUGCUUUUCUCUACAAAGAAUUUGGACUUGAGAGAGAAUAACUUGAAGUGGUUUAUUUAACAUGCACAGUUAUUUCAGAAUUUGUUGAAAGAUUUAAAAACUGUGUAUAUACACUUUAGACUUCUGAAAAAGCCAUAUCACAUACCUGUAAAUUUAAAAAAUGAGCACUCAUUCUCCAAAGGAACCAGCUGUAAUAGAUCCCUAGAUAUGGGUCCCUGCUUCUGGUGCAUAACCAGACCAGGAGCUCAUAAAGGGGGAGUUGUGAGAGCUACUGGCUUACAUAUACAUACCAGGUGGUAAAUUCCUUCCCUGCUACAUUGGAGGAGCAGCGUCUCCAGCCACCAGUUCCUUGUGCAAACAAAAAAUAUGAAGGAAUACGAACAUCCAUCCCAAAUCUACAGCGGAGGGUGGAUCCCUUACAAAUUCAAUCUUCAUAGAAGAAUUAUGACUAAGGCUAAGAUUUUAUCAUGGUUAUUUUUAGUAAAAGUCACUGACAGGUCAUGGGCAAUAAACAA